AUGCAAUUUUCAGAGGCUCUACUGUCUUCAGAUGAUGCAAGUUUUGAGCGUCUGUUGUUCGAUGAAGUUAGAACACAGGCUCUUGAAGUAUGUACUCCUCAAGUUUUCAAACCUUCUGAGAAUAUAUCAACCGAGCCAUUUGGUGAGAGUGACUUCGAGUCAAGCAAAUCAGAAUACGCUGCCUUAGAACGGACAUUGUUCCGCAGUUUUGAAUUAUUCAUUGCUGGGAGGGAAUUCAUCAAAAAUCAGGAUGCAAAUGAAUGUGCCUAUCAACUUGAAGCUUACUUGCAAUCCGUAGCUCCGAGUGAACAGGGUAUAUGUGGUCGAAUAUUUCAAGCCAAUGAACCAACCUAUUGUUGCAGGGAUUGCGCAAUUGACUCAACGUGUGUAUUGUGUAGGGGAUGUUUCUUCAACAGUGCUCACAUUAAACACAAUUAUAAAAUAAGCACAUCCAUUGGUGUUGGCUAUUGUGAUUGUGGAGAUCCUGAAGCUUGGCGUUCAGAUGCUUGGUGUAAACUUCACAAAAACACAUCAAAAGGCGAAGGAGCUGAAGAGAACAACUUAUCCAAACUUACUGAUACUGAAAAUACAGAUGUAAAGUUACGAGCUGAACUUGAAAAUCUUCGUCGACGAAUUAAUGGUCUUCCAAGUGAUAUUGUUAUGCGUACAGGGAAAUUAUUAAAACCUUUAAUAAAGAGUGCAAUUCUUUGUCUUACUGAUUUAAUUCAAGGCACACCUCGUCUAUCAACUGAACCCUUGAGUAGUCGACUGCAUCAGGAAAAAUGUCCAUUGAGUGAAAACGGUAAUGAAAAACAGACAACUAUUGAUUUAUGGUCGACAGAUGACGGUGUGGUUGAUUAUAAGAUGGAUAAUGAGAACUCAUGGGAUGAUUGGCCACCUCCUUUAUCGCAUAUCCCACUUGUCUCACCUAGUGAAGAUGCUGCAAAGCUAGGACAGGACGCCUGGCCAAGAACUGCUCCCAAACGUCGUUCUGCAGUAGAUGUAGAGGCCAGAUGCUUAGCUCAGUUAGAACGAGCUAGAAAGUAUCAUCCUAGAUUAUUUCCUCCACGACCUAUGCGUACAGCUUCUGAGCGAACCGCAGCUUCUCGAUCAUUUUUAGUUUUACUUUACAACAAUGAAUAUCACAAUUAUGAGCAGGUUAUCAAAACGUUAAGACGUGUGUUGGAUUGUACAACUCAACAGGGUACACAUUAUGCGGUACUUGUUAAUUGUGAUGGUCGUGCAGUUCUUCAAACAAACCUCACCGCUUCACAAGCAUCUAAUUUAGCGUCAAUUCUGAUGCGUACAUCUACAAGUUUAUCUACACGUCCAAUAAAUUGUGCAGCUCAACAUACGGAUGUUUAUUCAAUGGAAGUAUUUUUCACAUUAUUUAUUCGUUGGUUACGUCGUUUCUGUGAUCAAGUACCUAGUUUACGACCGAUUAUUUGCCAUGCUAUCUUGGGUCAUCUACCAACUGAUAAAAAUGGUAUCAAUCUUAGUGAAUCAAAUCAAUCAAAUGAUAUAUUGCCAAUAUUACUCCCCGGGGAAAUUGUUGAACAAGAUUCAUUUUUAAGUCAUAUAUUGGAACGUCAUAGUUUAACAUGGAGAUCUGUUCGACAAGAAAUGUUACGUCUUAUUAUGAGUGUACUCCUAAAAGAUAAUUUUUAUCGAUGUGUAUUUGCAAUUAAAUUUACCAGAUCCUAUUCAUCGUUAAUUCAAAAUCAUAUUUAUGAUGAUCAUUUAGUUGGAGACAGUUUAUGUGGUUUAAGUUGUCAAUUUUACACUGUUAUCAGUUUGGCACGUCAGCUUUUAGAGCAGAACAAUAUAUUGACACGAUUAAUUUCUCGACUAACUAGUGCAUUUCAAGUUAAUUCAAUUGUUUUACCUGAUUUUUAUUCACAAACAAAUAAUCAAAAUAUACCUGCUGAUAUACAAGAAGAAUUAGCUAUAUCUAACUUCAAUACUGACACAAAUAUAUCAUGGAUUAGUGCUGUUCUUGACCUACUUAGACGUUUAAAUCCAUUCGAAUGGGGUUCAUCAGCUGGAUCUCAUAUGAACAAUAUUACAGUAUCAUCAACUAAUAUGAAUCCAAUAAAUUGUGUCCUACCAGAACCGCGUGUUUUAUCAUGGCAAGCUGGUAAUACACUUGCUCGGUCAUUAUUUCAUCCAUUUGAACGAUUAUUUCAUGUUAUACGUGAUGUGGAUUAUAUUUUGGCAAGUUUAACUAAUGUUCGGCCUAUUGUGAUAGAUAAUGAUGGUAAUUGUUCAAUUACUUGGUGGACAGAAGCUGCAAGAUCUGCUUAUCUUGAUUAUAUAAGACAAUUAUUAUUAUUGCUCAGUUUUAUACAAGAUAUGAAUGGUAUGCAACGUGAAACACAAAAUCAUGUUGAAGAAGAAUUAGAAUGGGCUAGUGGAUUUUAUAUUAUGAGUUUAUUAGUUAGUUUACUUGGCCUAACUGUACAAGUGGCGAGUUCAGAUUAUGAACUUUACAAUUUGGUAUUACGUGAAGUUCGUCAGGUCUUUGAAACACGUAUUGGUAUAAUGGAUCGUCGCUUUCGUAUUAAACCGUUAACAAUAGAUCUUAAACUUGAUAACAAUGAUGAAUCUAAUCAAGCUAAUAACAAUGUCAUGUCGAAUAAAUUAAAUUUUCAUUCACUUGGUGUCACAACGGAAGUGUAUGUGUAUGAUGUUUCAGUGUAUCGUUUAAGUUUAUUACAACCGAUUCCCCGAUUAUUGGCAAGUUUGUAUGGACAUGGAUUAGAAAUGGGAUUGAAUUUUGGAAGCUUGGGUUUAUCAGAUCAGGGAUUUGUAAAUUUAUUGAUUGAAAGACCGUUGCAAAUAUUUGCAUUUUGUGCUCAAUGCAAUGCUAAAAUGUGGGUUCGUAAUGGAUUUGCUGUUCAACAAUCUAUGACAAAUCUAUUCAGUCCAUCAAUACGUGUUGAAUUAGUUGAUCGUGAUCUACAAUUAUUACAAAUUGCUAGUUGUGUUCUACCGCCGGAUGAAUUUAUUGUUCGUUUAAUACACAAAUUUCAUUUGGGUAAUUAUUUAAAGACUGAUGUCUCAUCUAAAGAACCCGGUCUUGGUCGUGUACAUGCAGUGGAAAUGUUGUUACGCGUAAUAUUGGCAUGUGUUUCUAAUCGUUCACGUCCUUCAAUGGGUUAUUUUACCAAAGACUACUACAUGAUGAACGACUCUAAUAAUAAACUGUUGAGUUGUUUGGAUGAUAUCCUGAUUGAUACUGAAUCGGAAAUCUACUAUCCGAGCCUAAUUAAUGAUGUGAUACAUACAUUAUGCCUGAAACCUUUAAGUUAUAGUGAAUUAUUAUCCGUUCUUCCAUAUCAAAAUGCAAAUAGUUUAUUGUUAAGAAUUCCAACAGAACAAUCGGAUUCAACACAUCAUCAAUCAGAUCAAUCAGACCAUGAAAUGAGCACAGAAGAAAUACAACAAUCUUCAACAUCAUGUUCUAUGGAUGUUAGCUCUACACCACCAGUUUUACCAGCUUCAAUAUCGAGGAGUGCCAAUAAACGUGCUAUAGAAAACGCAUUACCUAAAAUAUUACGUAAACUAGCGGUACAAUCGUCGGUGAAUAAUCGAACAGUGUUCAGUAUACGACCAGAAUAUAUGGCAUAUCGAUUUAAUCGAUUUUAUUGGGGAUAUCGACAUCCGGAACAAACAGCUGCUGAAGCAAAUGUUUCUAAAUGUUUAAAAAAAUGGAUUCAAGAACAAAACAAUAUCGAUUUAAAAAAUCUUCCGAUACCACCACCGGCUCCUCGUCCUUUACACAAAUUUACACCAUCUGUUUAUCCUGGUCCAUUAAAUAUUAUUCAAUGCGUUACAUUUGUACGUUUAAUUAAAACAUUAUUAGAUAUUGCCUAUUCUCAUGGAACAUCAGCCUCAUGGUGGUCACAUAGUCUACUAGAUUUGUUACUACAUUUGAUUACUGUAGCACUGUAUGAAGAUGAAUUAAGUGGGAGUAAAACUGGUUCAUAUCCGUUUUUGAUAGCUGUUACCCGUGUCCCAGAACAUAGUGAAUCUGAUGCUGAAUUAAAAGAGCUUGCAUUUUCCGGGCAUUGGUUAAAGUCUACCACAAUCGAUAAAUCUGUUUUGUUCACACUUUUAAACAAUAAUUGUAUAACUUCUCGAUUGGUACGCAUAUUGAAUUCUACAUAUCACGAUGAUCACUCAGAUUUGAUUAGAUUUACUUUAGAUUAUUGGAAUAAAGUCGUACAAAGUAUGACAGGUGGACAACAGUCUGUUCAUAAUCCUUCGUCUGAAUUUGGUGAAGUAAAAAAGGAAUCUUCAUCUUAUCAGUUGUCAAGUGCUCUGGUUAAACAAGAUCGUGCAGAAAAAGCGCGAGCUCGACGUGCACGAAUUAUGGCACGUAUGUCAAAUAUGCAAAGAAAUUUUAUGGAUUCUUUAUCACAGAAUGAAGCAACUAUAAAUGAUACUGAAUUAAUGGAUAUUGAUUCUCCUGAAGUAAUCAACAAUACUGUUAAUAAUCAGUCAACAAUAACACAAUCUGAAUCAAUCAUAUCAACUGUAGUACAACAAUGUGCACUUGGUCCAACAAGAUCUUUAGGUGGUGCUGCUUUCAUUCUAUCAGAUUCAUCAGUUUUACGGGGAAUGGAUAGUUCAAGUGUACAAAAUAAUGAAUUAGUAACUUGUAAUUUAUGCUUGGAAGAAGUAACAGAGCAUGCAUCGAAUCGAAUGGUCAUGGCUGCGCAUAUAUGCCGAUCUUCUGUACUAUCUUCUCGUGGUAUUGGAUGGUUAGAAGGUCCUGUCACAAUGUCUGUUGUUGAGCGUUUAUGUGUUGAAAAUGAAAUGAUUGGUUCAGAAUCCUCAACAGUUGUUAGUAACCAUCCAGUGCAUUAUGAUAAACUAUUUCCUGCUAACAAAAUUCAUAAUGAUGACAAUCAGCUUAUUGCUUUCCUGGCAUCAGUAUCGACAACAGCUGCGGCUAAAUGUGCCGGUUCUUCAAGAAUGGGGCUUCGGAUUAUUCCUGAAUUAUUAUCUGGUAUACGAUGUCUAGAGCUACGAAAAGAUACUUCUAUGUCGGUUGAUUUCACAAAUAAAAAUGCUCUUGGUCCUGGCUUAAUUGAUCAAUUACUUGAUAGUUAUGGUCUAUCAUCAGAUCAAGAUAUCAAUCAUUCAUUUAUAUUAGAUCCUUGGCAUCCACGACCUUUAGUUUCUAGUCGUGAUCCAAUUUCAGAAGAAGGAUCAUUUUUCACUUUUUGUUCACAUCCCAUGCAUGCUUCAUGUAAAACAAAAUAUGCAAGACAAAUAAAAGGUCGAGUGGAUCAUCUAAAUCGCAGUCGUAAUUCAUCAAUGGUGGUAUUUGAAUUUCGUUGUCCGUUAUGUAAAUGUAUAUCUACAUUGGAUUUACCAAUGUUAGGUCCAAUUUAUUUAGACCUUCCUAUUGAAUGGUUAAAAUCAAGAUUAUUAUCUUCGAAUGAUGAACAUUCAAAUCAAUCCCGGUCUGUCACUUCUGUUACCAACACUAAUAAUACUACUGCUAAUAAUAAUUUUCAACCAUUAAGUUCUUGGCUAUGUAAUCUUUCACGUUGGUUAGAUAUGUCGUCAGAUAUAAAUGAUUUUAUUUUGGGUCCAUUAUUCCCAUCUACUUUAAUUGGACAUGCAUCAAUUGCUGAUCGUUUACAAAAUGCGUCAACUACUGUAGAUUCAUCAUUAGAAGAUUAUACAUUUUGGAAUUUUGGAAAUAUUAUCUCAUCAGAUACAAAUGUAAAUUAUUCUACUUCUCCAUCAACAUCAUCACCAUCAUCAUCAUCAUCCUUAUCAGUUGAUAUGGAUAUUGAUAAUAAUCCACCGAGUGCAAAACUUCUAGCAUUUAGUGAAAAUUAUGAACUUGCUUCAAAAUUAAUUAAUUCCAUAGUGAAACGAAUAAAAUAUAGUUUAAUUGUCCAAGAUAAUGAAAAUGAUAAUUAUAAUAAUGAAACAAGCAAUAGCAAGAAAAAUUCUAAAGGCAAUUCUAAAACUACUGAUUAUGGAGUUAGUAGUAGUGGAAGCAGUAGUUUAAAUCCUUUAAGUCGACAAUUUUGGACAUCUAGACGAUUUUCCAGACGUUCUACUUCAGAUAAUGACAAUACCCCGAUGAACUCAUCUAAUUCCAGAAGCAAUAAUAAUAAUAGUUCUAAAGUUAGUGGAAACACUUUAAGGAACCUUUUACCGCCACAAUCUUCAUCUCUUUUAGUUUCCACAAAUUUAUUUACGCUAGUUCAACGAUUAGCUAGUUUAUGUCAACCGAAAUCAUUGGAUACACUUGUACAACGUCCAAGUGGUCGACGUUCUGCUGCUACUGCUGAGGUAGUUGUUAAUAAUGGACCAACAAUUAUUCCUCUACCAAAUGAAAUUAAUGAAGAAGACGAUGAUCAAGUUGUAGCAUUUGUUGUUGCAGAUACAGAAAUUCAAGUCAAUUUAUAUCCAACUGACAAUGAUGCACCUACAGUGCCUGGUUCAAAUAUUCAAGUAUUGGUUACACAAACAGAAUAUAAUCCAUCCACUACUUCUACUGCUUUUAAUAGUAGUUCAGCAAUAUCAAAUACAUCUAAUCACUCUCCUGUUAGACAAUUAUCACAAACUGUUCCAUUCGAUGCGAAUUUAAGUCUUUCCGAAGCGAUUGAACGUUUUCAUUUAGAUUUUAUGAGUUUCUAUGAACGUUUACGUACACUCGGCUCAUCUAUACCGCAUACUACAACUAUUAUAUCGUAUCCAGUAACACCAACAGUGGGAAUAUCAAACUCUACAAAGCCUCAGAUAUCUGAUCGUGUAACCAAAACUACAGAAGACAUUAAUCAUAAAAUUAUUGUCAAUUCUCAUAAUUCUGCUAAACAUUAUCUGGAACGUGUUACACAACGCGCUCGUAAUGUAAUUUGGUCAGCUGCUUGUGAAUGGAGAUCAUUAAGACAUAGUGUGGCGUAUACAUUGAUUGGUUCCGAACGUACUUUAAGGUUACGUGGUUGUCACGAGCAUUUCUUUAAUGGUGGCUUGGCAGAACGACGAAUUCAUGGACUUGGACAUUUGUUAAGAGCUUCAUUCGCAGCACAUUCUCGUCAUGCUGUUGUAUCACGUGGUUGUUCAUUUUCAUGCAAUGCAAGUGAUUGUAAAUCAUCAGGACAUCGAUUUUGUUGGUCACAAUUAAAAACUCAUCCUGUUCAUUGGUGGUGGUGGUCUUAUUGUGUCCCAUUUGAUGUUGUACCAAAAUCACAACUAAAAGAUAGAAUUAACUUCAUCGUUUACUCAGUAUUAUAUGUCACACCAAUGGAUACGAUUUAAAAGCUAAAGUUGACAAGGUUGUUCAGUUUUUUAUCCAUACGCUUCACGUCAAAUAGUAAUCUAGCAAAAAUAGCAUGCAAUGGCGAGACUGUUCAGUUGAAAAUACAAUCACGGAAGACUUCUAGUUGAGGGAGUUUCUUUCAUUUUCACUUAAAAAGAAUAUGUAAG